CACGAGUUUUCGGCUAGACUUUUUUUUCUCACCAGAGGCGAUGCUCUUUGGGUGCAUGAACCUCGCGAUAUUGUUUCAACAAACGAUGGAUGACGCUCAAUGUUCUGGUUAUUCUCACAAGACAAUUUAGACGCACUGCAGGGGCUUAUGGAGGUCACUGACAGUGAUGCUCGUCUAUGUUUGCUCUGUCGUUCCAAAAAGUAGCUUGAUGAGUGUCCAAAGUAACAGUGGAAGUGGUGGAAGUUUAGAGGGGACGCCAUCUUGGUCCCAGCUCUCCACGUCCCCAACACCGGGGCUGCUUUCUCAGCAACACAGUGCAGCACUGGCGAAGGCCAAGGAAGGAGUGAUGGAGGAGCUGCACAGUCUGGACCCCCGGCGGCAGGAGCUGCUGGAGGCUCGCUUCAUGGGGGGGGUGAGCGGCAGCACUGGGGGCAGCACAGGGAGCACCAGUGGGGGAACCAAAGGCUUGACAAACAAUGAAUGUUCAAAUCAGAGUUUCGGCAGCCUGGGGUCCUCAAGUGACAAGGAGUCUGAGGGCUCAGAUGUAAAGAGAGGGAGUUCUCCGGCAUAUUCAACCCCCGAGAAGAAGCACUCUGAGUCGUCCCGAGGGAGGAAAAGGAAGGCCGAGCACCAAUCGGAGAGCAGCCAAGGGAAGACUACUGCGCGAGGACCGAAGAUCAGUGACUACUUUGAUUUCCAGGGUGGUAAUGGGUCCAGUCCGGUGAGGGCUCUUCCUCCAGUGCUGCGCUCCCCACAGAACUCACAUUCCCACUCCGCCCCCGGCUCCAUGAUACGACAGAACAGCUCCUCACCCACCAGCCUAUCCUUCGACCACGUCAUGCACCCCAAACAGGUGGCUGUGAAGUCUGUCCAGACUGACCUCACAGGGCCAAAGCUGGCUGCCCUUGAGACUAAUAAGAGUCUGGACUUGGAGAAGAAAGAGGGCCGUAUAGACGACCUGCUGAGGGCAAAUUGUGAUCUCAGGAGACAGAUAGACGAACAACAGAAACUACUUGAAAAGUACAAGGAGCGAUUAAAUAAGUGCAUCACCAUGAGCAAGAAGCUGCUUAUAGAGAAGAGCACCCAGGAGAAGCAGGCGUGCCGGGAGAAGAGCAUGCAGGACCGGCUGCGUCUGGGCCAGUUCACCACCGUCAGGCACGGGGCGUCCUACACGGAGCAGUGGAGCGACGGUUACGCCUUCCAGAACCUCGUCAAGCAGCAGGAGUGGAUCAACCAGCAGCGGGAGGAGAUGGAACGUCAGAGGAAGCUGCUGGCCAAGAGGAAGCCUCCGUCGAGCAGCAACUCCCAGAGCCCCACCCCAAACUCAGAGCCAAAGCAGCGCAAGACCAAGGCCGUCAACGGGGCCGACAACGACCCCUUCCUCAAGCCCAGCCUUCCUCAGCUUCUGACAGUAGCAGAGUACCAUGAGCAGGAGGAGAUCUUCAAGCUGCGACUGGGACACCUCAAAAAGGAGGAGGCUGAGAUCCAGGCGGAGCUGGAGCGUCUGGAGAGAGUUAGAAACCUUCACAUCCGAGAGCUAAAGAGAAUAAACAACGAGGACAGCUCGCAGUUCAAAGAUCACCCGACUUUGAACGAGAGAUACCUGCUGUUACAUCUGCUGGGAAGGGGAGGUUUCAGUGAAGUUUACAAGGCGUUUGACCUCUUUGAACAACGCUACGCCGCUGUGAAGAUUCACCAGCUCAACAAGAACUGGAGGGAGGAGAAGAAGGAAAACUACCACAAACAUGCGUGCCGAGAGUACCGAAUCCACAAGCAGCUGGACCAUCCCAGAAUAGUCAAGCUCUACGACUACUUCUCUCUGGACACGGACACGUUUUGUACGGUUUUGGAAUACUGUGAAGGCAAUGAUUUGGACUUCUACUUGAAGCAGCACAAGCUGAUGUCUGAGAAGGAGGCUCGCUCCAUCGUCAUGCAGAUUGUCAAUGCGCUGCGUUACUUGAAUCAGAUCAAGCCACCUAUAAUCCACUACGACCUCAAGCCAGGUAAUAUUUUGCUGGUGGACGGCACGGCCUGUGGGGAGAUCAAGAUCACUGACUUUGGCCUGUCCAAGAUCAUGGACGACGACAACUACGGCGUGGACGGCAUGGACCUGACGUCCCAGGGAGCCGGUACUUACUGGUACUUGCCUCCAGAGUGUUUUGUUGUGGGGAAGGAGCCUCCUAAGAUCUCCAACAAAGUGGACGUGUGGUCAGUGGGGGUCAUCUUCUUCCAGUGUCUCUACGGAAGAAAGCCGUUCGGCCAUAACCAGUCCCAACAGGACAUCCUGCAGGAGAACACCAUCCUCAAAGCCACCGAGGUCCAGUUCCCCGUCAAGCCCGUCGCCAGCAACGAAGCCAAGGCGUUUAUCCGGCGCUGUCUGGCCUAUAAGAAGGAGGACCGCUUCGACGUGCACCAGCUGGGCAGCGACUCCUACCUGCUGCCUCACAUGAGGCGCUCCAGUUCCUCUGGCAACCUGCAGCUGGGCGGGUCCUCUGCCUCCAGCCCCGCCUCCACCAGCAUCAUCUCCUACUGAGAGCCUGCACUGACCACGCCCACCACCACACUACAGACACGCCCCCUCGGCUGAAGGACACUCCUCCCCCCCCCCCCCCCCCCCUGUUAUGCCCAAGUGUGAGGGAGCGAUGGACAGAUUAAUUGACACUAGGGAAGAGAAGGGGGAAGAGAGGAGGGGAAAAAAGGGGGAAGGUAAAGGGAAAAGUUGAAGUCAAGUGGAACGUUAAAGUCCUCAAAUACUUUUGGGGAGGAGAGGAACCGUGAGCUGGAGAUUUUGGCUUUGGCUUCACCCAGGCAUGCGAGAUGUGGGAGAAAAUGAAUAAUCCUGAGACAAGGGAGAGAGAAGUAAUACAUUAAAUGGCUGAUAGGGUGAAGAAUAUAGAUGGUAUAGAGGAAGACGAUGAAUUGGUAAAGAAGAUUUGGCGUCAGAAGAGCGCCCGAGAGAAAUGUUGAAGAGUGCAAAUGGCCUUUUUUUCCUUUUUCUUUUUUAUCUCCAAUGAAGAUUCUGUAGAGCACUGCUACCCUGUUCAACCCACAAAGUGACUAAUGAAGUUGUCCUGAUUGCUUGAUGGCUGCCUUGCUGAGAGGUCUGCAGAGAUCAGACCUGUGUCAGUUAGAGUGGGUGCCACAAGGGGGCGCCACUCACCAUCUCCAAAACGCACCUGCAUAGCCACCUGCUUUGAAAUGGAUCCAGUUUUAGUGCCGCACCGUUCUGUUGGAUUGAUACCGGAUGAGUGCCGGAUCGGACCUAUCUGCACCAGAACCAGGGUCAGAUCCGGUCCAAAGUUCGUGGCUACCUGGGAUGACGGUGUCUUGACAAAUAAUAAAAUGAUUUGCUUAGAUUCUUUGGUAGGUCUUACAGCACAGUGGCGAUCCCUCUUCUGCUCUAGAGUUUAUUUUAUCUGAUUUAAAACCAGAAAUACAGGGGUAGCUUCGUCAUCCUCUUUGUUCCCUGAUGAGCAGGUUAGCCACAAGAAUGUACUUUUAGCGUAUCCACCAGUGAGAUUUAGUGUUCCUAAACCCCCAAGGCUACUAACUAAUGUUGAAUGCACAAAAAUAACCAAAUGUAGACAAACCGCUAUGUACAGAACCCUAUGCAGGAAGAAUGAACUCACACAGAAAAUAAAAUACAAAUCUUGUAGAGAUGUACAUGUAUAUUUGCUGUACAGAAUCGUAAUUUCAAAUAUCAAAUUAAAAAAAAAAAUCUGUACAAAGGUUUACCUUUUUUGUUUCCUCCUUUUCUUCCUCUUGUAAAUCCUUUUUUUUUUUUUCGUUUUGUUUUAUUUUGUUCCUGGAGUGUUUUAUGGCUGCCUUUGAUGUUGCUCUUUUUAAGGAAAAAAGGCUGUAUGAUCUACUUUGGGUACAAAUUGUACAGUUCUGUUAAAAGAAUUAAUGACAAUAAAUGCCAGGAAAUGACUUCA